GUAAGCGACAAUUGAACAUUUUCUAAAAAAAAAUUAUAACAGAUCUAAACUAUGGCCUCAGUCUUAGAACAGUAUGUCAAUACAGUACAGAACCUAUCUUCCCAAGGAAAUUUUUCGCAGCUGUGUGAAUUCAUUGGAAAAAGUGCAGAUGCCCUAACCAAAAAUGCAAGCCAUUUGGACAAUGUGUUAGCAACAUUAGAUAUUCAGCAACAUUCUCUAGGAAUUUUGGGUAUAUUAUGUGUGAAGUACAGUUUACCAAAUAUACCAGAUUUUGAGAUUUUAUUUAUACAGACUCAGGAAUUCAUCAAUAAUUGUAAUGGAGAGCAUGUCAGAUAUGCCACUGACAGUUUUGCAGAUUUAUGUCAUAGAUUUACACAAAAUUUGGUAGAAAAGAAACAGCCAAUGAGAGGUAUCAAACUAUUAGUGAAUGCCAUUGAUAAGAUUCAGUUAUUGCCAGCCCAGUUAACAUCAAUCCAUGCAGAUCUGUGUCAGUUAUGUUUACUGUCAAAGAACAUGACCUCUGCAAUACCAUUCCUGGAUGUGGAAAUCAAUGAAAUAAGUAAAGAGGGUGGCCAUUUUGAUGCUAAAGAUUUAUUAUUGUAUUACUACUAUGGAGGAAUGAUCUACACUGCACUGAAAAACAAUGAUAGAGCAUUGUACUUCUAUGAAAUUGCCAUUACAACACCAAGUAUGGCAGUUAGUCAUGUGAUGUUAGAGGCUUAUAAAAAGUAUAUUUUGGUAGCACUUAUAGUCCAUGGAAAAGUACCAAAUUUACCAAAAUAUACAUCACCUGUUGUUGCUAGAUACAUUAAGCCAUUAUGUCAGCCAUAUCAUGAUCUUGCUGCUUCUUAUACAACAAAUAAUCCAUCAGAUUUACGGAACACUGUUUCUAAACAUCAGGAAACAUUUAAUCGGGACAGUAACAUGGGACUAGUAAAGCAGUGUCUUACAUCAUUAUACAAGAAAAAUAUACAGAGACUUACAAAGACAUUCUUGACUCUAUCCCUGUCUGACAUGGCUAGUAGGGUACAGUUAUCUGGUCCUAAGGAGGCAGAGAAAUAUGUUUUACAUAUGAUUGAAGAUGGAGAAAUAUAUGCCACGAUAAAUCAAAAAGAUGGAAUGGUUCGUUUUCAUGACAACCCUGAACAAUACAAAAGUGCAGCAAUGUUACAGCAAUUAGACAAAGAGAUGCAAAAAUGUAUCCAGUUAGAUGAAAAGUUGAAAGAAAUGGAUAGAGAAAUAGCAGUAAAUCCUCAAUUUGUGCAAAAGAGUUCAUCAAGCCAUGAUGAUGACUUGCCAGGAAGCUCCUCUAAAAUACAGGGAUAUUGAUGAUACCUAAAGUGAGGCAAUAACAUUACAAAGUGCUGUAUCUUAUUUGGACUGUAACAGUUAAACACAGUAGAUCUUUAUGAAUUGUGAUAGUGACACUGAUGUCAUUGGAUUUUUUUUGUAUUAUCAUAAAUCAAUAAAAAAAAUAAUUCUA